UUUCCUUUAAUUUCGCUUAAAAGCUGUUUAGGCACAAGACAUUUUUUCACUGCUUUGCAAUGUCUGGUAGUCGAGUUUUUAUCGGGCGUUUGAGCCAUCGGGCACGGGAAAACGACGUUGAGCGAUUUUUCAAGGGGUUUGGCAAAAUUCGUGACAUCAAUUUAAAGAAUGGAUACGGAUUCGUCGAGUUCGAUGACAGUCGCGAUGCUGACGACGCAGUAUAUGAAAUGAACAACCGAGAUCUAUGCGGAGAACGAGUCACAGUUGAACUUGCACGGGGCGUGCCUAGAUCAUCUGGAGGAAGAGAUUAUCGACCAGACUUCAGGAACGACUACAGAAACGACUACAGGAGACGGGACGACAGAGGAGGUGGCGGAGGUGGAAGAGUGAAUUAUUUUGACAGCCGUGCCAUUGGAAAGUAUGGUCCUCCCACACGAACCAACUAUCGGGUUAUUGUGGAGAAUCUAUCAACCAGGGUCAGCUGGCAGGAUCUUAAGGAUUACUUAAGAGAAGCUGGUGAAGUGACGUACGCUGACGCGCACAAACAUCGCCGUAAUGAAGGUGUUGUCGACUUUGCAACAUAUGACGACAUGAAACGAGCAAUCGACAAGUUGGACAACACCGAGAUAAACGGUCGUAAGAUCCGACUCAUCGAGGAUCGUACUCUGCGCUCGACAAGUCGCAGUCGGUCACGAUCGAGGUCCAGGUCCAGGUCACGAUCUCGCUCAAGAAGUCGCAGAUCUAGAUCAAGGUCUCGUAGACGAAGUAGCAAGAGAAGUCGGUCACGAUCAAGAUCCAGAUCUCGAUCCCAACAUAGCAGUGUGAAUGGUGAUGACAAAAAAGAACGUCGCGACUCAAGAUCACGUAGCAGGUCACCGAAUGUGAAGAAUGAAGGAAGCAGAUCCAGAAGUCGUUCACCUGACAAUAGUUAUGAUUGAAUAAUACAUGCAACCCCAGUCGAUUUUGGCGUAUAUGAUUUUUGUAUAGAACCUCUGCCCAAUUUUCUUUUGAGUAUUCGCUUGUAAAUUACUUAUUUUCAGCUGCUUUCAAUUCCUAUGGGUACAUGUUCCAAACUAAAGAGUAAAAACCAACUUUUUAUAAGAAAUUUGGAUAACUGGUAAAUCUGUACAUACGCUACUAAUAUGGCAAGAUCAUGAAAUUUCGGAUGAUGUGUAAUUUGUAGUGAAUGUCUCUUUCAUGCCAACUUAUAAAAUGUAAAUAAACUGUUCAAUUGUUUUUA